AUGUCUACUGAAGAAGAACGAGGAGUGCACGUCCGAGUCACAAAGCCAAUUGUCUCUUUCCUACCCGAGACCGAAACAUCCAAGACCAUAGCAUAUGACCUUCAGCACAGUGACUUGCUUCCUGUGUAUGACUACGUCUCCUGGGAAUAUUUGAUGGCCGGCGUCGCCGUUGAGAACUCGUACUGCACACGUCUUCUUCUUCGUUUCCCUGCAGAUCCUGCCAGAUUCUCCGGUCUCGUCGUCGCGGAACCAUCUCACCUAUGGGGUGGAACAACCAUCUGGCGUCUCAUUAAUCGGUGGCUGAUGCGCAAUGGACACGCUUGGCUGGAAAUUGAUUCGCAAGCUCCCGCGGCACUUGACCAGAUCAAAAACGUUGAUCCCGAACGCUACAAAGACAUGCACUUUAUCCCUUGUCAGACCUUGAACGAGUUUUCCAGCAGCAUUCCCUCCUUCGAUAACGCAGAAGAGCUGUGGGAUAAUUACAGGAUCUUCAAGGAAAGAUGGUGGGCCGCAACUAGGCAGUCUCCGGAGAUUCUUGUUGCUGCAUCUCAUGCUUUGAGAUCUGGACAGCUGGGUAUCAAGGCCGAGCGCGUCAUACUAACUGGUCUUUCCCAGACUGCAGACUUGAUCAGAAAGUUCAUCCUCGAGUCUCUUCAUCUCCGACUUCCUGAUGGAUGUGCCCCAUUUGAGGGGUUUAUGCCAUGCCAAUGUGAUGCCGGCAACCCGCUCCCAGACUUGCACGAUGCAAAGAUCAUUGAGGUUCUUGGUGAGUUCGAGCUAAUUUACAUCAAGGCACUCUACGGCGGAAAGAAAGAGCCUUCCCAUCGUCGUGCUGAUAGCAAGUCAUUCCGACUCUACGAAGUUGCUGGUAUGUCGCAUCGCGAGACCCGAUAUCUCUCCAUGGCCGAUAAGAAGCGUUUGUUGGCUGUGGAUCUGGAAGGUGCCCAGUGGAGCACUUUCGCGAAUUCUUUCAUUUAUCACGCACUCUUUGAUGCUAUGGACAAAUGGAUUACGACCGAUGUUGCUCCCCCACGAGGUACAACAAUUGAUAUGGACGAAUCCGGGGAGAUUGAGCGAGACCAGUACGGAAAUGCGCUUGCUGGAGUCAGAACUGUUCAUACAGAUGUGUCUACUGCCAAAAUCAUUGAUGUUACCCCUCAGCCACAUCCUCAUUGGCACACUGGCACCGAGGUCCCUUUCAAAGAUGUCAAGUUGUGGGCUGUUUACAAAACGGUAGCCAACUAUCGGCGUCAGGCGGGCGAAGCCAUCGAGCGACAGAUCAAAGCUGGGUUUCUGCUGCCGGAAGACGCUGAAGUCCUGCGUCGCGAUACGAUUGAGCAAGUUUCCUUCUAA